GGUUGCCUUGCGCCUGUCUAAAAUCUUUCCAUCUCUCUCAGUCGUGUGAUCCAACAUUCCUUUUCUUUAGAAUUUGGCGCUUUCAUUUCUUUCUUUCUGCGGUCGCAUGUACCAACAGAUCUAGCUUUUGUUAUCAUUGUUUAACCACUAUCGUUUCCCUGCACUUGGUUUCAUUUUGCGACCAUGGGUUCGCUACCGUCACAGCGUCAGCCCUUGUCUGGGUUGGCGGCUCUCAAAGCGAAGAAGCAACCUCCAAAGAUGUUGACUAAAAUGGUCCCCGUUGCUUCAACCGCGAAGCCGACACCAAAGCUUUCCGCAUCUGCGCCAACAUCUUCGAGGAGUCCUACCAUGCGCGGCGCCAGUUCCAAUGGCAUCUCUCGGAAGGGAAGUGUCCCUCGCAAGUCUCUCACUCCAGCUUCCACACAUUCCAGACAGGGCAGCCGAGAACCGCUCGAGCGCAUCAGACAUGAGAAGCACAGCCGAGUCAAGCGGGCCUCGCCUGCUAUAUCAACGCCGCAGUUUACGAGUUCGGAUGAGGAAAGUGAAGAGGAGGACAUGCCUAGAAAGCGAAUGCGCAGGGAUGAACAAGACCCUGUAGACGAGAAGCGCAAAGUUAGAGAUCUCCAAGCAUUCUCCGAGGAUGGUCGCAACCGACGUUCCAUGAUUCACGCCAUCCAGAUUGCCAAUCCACAACCCGAUCAACACGGCAAAGUCAAGUACGAGGAGUUCUUCAAGACAUUGAGAGUGGAUGAGGACGAGUAUCCAGUGAUCGAACUUCAGUAUCCCACCGCAUUACAAGGAGAAAAGUACCAAUUACUCAGGCCGAUUGAUUCGUCUGAUUUCAAGCCGCUGGACGAGAUCGAAGCCAACAUGAGAAUGGUGGCCGAAUAUUAUCUCGAUGUCGCCUCAGCCCGCAAAGUGAACAAUGAAGAAGAAGGCUCGGGUUUUGUGCAAAUGCUACAUCGACACGCGGCCCACGGGCUCAGAGGCCGCGUUGGAGCACAGUCAGAGUAUAUUAAAACAAUUGAGAAGUACAACAGCCUCAUGAAGGAGAAGCGCGACGACGGCACGAUCGCAGAGAAGUUGGACCAAAUGAACCGAGUCGAGCUGAAAUUGGCUGAACACAUUAUUAGAGGUCAGGUUUAUGCUCGCACAGUAUCGCCCAAGGUCGAUUCUGUACGGCAAUAUGAGGCCUUUUCCAACUCCGUCUACGGAGAGCUCCUUCCCAAGUUCUUGAGCCGGAUCUUCAAGGAUACGGGUCUGAAAUCGGAACAUGUGUUUGUCGAUUUAGGCUCCGGAGUUGGCAACUGUGUCGUUCAGGCAGCAUUGGAAACCGGCUGCGAAGCUUGGGGCUGCGAAUACAUGGACAAUCCAAACAAAUUGGCCCAACUUCAGGCUACAGAAUUCCGAGCGAGAUGUCAACUAUGGGGCAUCAAGCCUGGUGAUGUUCAACUGAUUCAUGGUGACUUCCUGAAAAAUGAUAUGAUUCGACAAGUUCUUAAGCGCGCAGACGUCGUCCUGGUCAACAAUCAAGCAUUCUCAGCACAAUUGAACGACAAUCUGAAAUACGUGUUUUUGGAUCUCAAGGAGGGAUGUCAAAUUAUCAGCCUUAAACCAUUCCGCAGCCCUUCACAUAAGAUCAAAGAAUCGAAUCACAAUGAUCCAAUCAACGUGCUGUCAGUGGUGGAAAAGGAGCGCUGGAGUGGCAUGGUCAGUUGGACAGACGAUCCCGGGAAAUGGUAUCAUCAACGGAAAGAUCGGAGAGAAUUGGACGCGUUUCUCAAGACUAUGGGCGGUAGCGAUUAGGUAUUACGACAGGUCCUGCGGUACAGGCCAAGAUCAGAGGGCCAGCGUUGACUUUGGCUGAGCUGAAAUCACCCCUUUUCGGACGAUAGGCCUCGAUGAUGUUUACGAAAUUUUGCAUAGCGUCGGUUUACUAACAGACAUUUCGACCUUUGGAUUGCACUCUCAAUGCGGUACUACCUAUCUGAUAGAAGCUGGCCAGGCGCCGACAUUUAUACCAGCGAUAAAUAGUAUUUUAAUGCAUCAUUACCUUCUAUGAUCAACCAUUGCAGACAAAUCAAUUGUCUUGAAAGCGUCAAGGUCAUCGAGGCUCUUGUGAGGUGUUCUCU